AUGUUACCCGAACUUCCCACAGAGAUUUUGGAUGACAUAUUUUCAUAUCUCGGACAAGGAACACUUCGUUUCGCAGUGUCCUUGGCCUGUCGUCGCUGGUACCAAAUUGCACAAGCUCAUAUCAGAAAAACAGUCUAUAUCUCCAUCGCCGAGCUUAGCUAUAGUCAUGGACAGGGAGGUCCACUCGAAAGCCCAUUUGGGAGAAUGAAGAAACGACGCCACCUUAAACAAUUUGCAUGCAAAUUAAAACAAAAUCUACCGUCAGCAUACUCCCUUGUCUACAGUUCGGGUUUAUCACCAAAAUUUGGUGCUGAAUAUUUGUACCCUGGAAAAGAAAAAGAGAUUUGGCCCAUCCUUGAGGAUGCUUUAGCCGCUGCAACCUCAUCACUUUCAGUAUCAUCUUUAGUAGCAGCUUCAAACAAUAAUAACAGCCUAGCCGAUGAUUUUAACAAUAGUGGUGGUCUCAGGAUUCGGAAGCUUGUCCUUGAUGCAGAUAUGGAUCAAAGUAUAUGGUCAAGAUUGAUGUCUCUUCUGAGCAUGCUCGGUCUUGGGCUCCUUAGCCUACGGAUAGAAAGCAUCCCACUUAGGAGCAUUGUCCCUAUCCAUGAGAUCCUCAGACCAUGUCCAAACCUUCGGAGUCUACGUAUUGCGUCAUUAACACCUCCGACAAUUGAUCAGGUGUCCCGACUGCAAGAGGAUCGCGAAGAAGGGUCGAAUACUAGGACCACUAGCAUCAUAAGCAUCAUCAAGCCAGGUAAUGCUCCAACCAUUAACAACGUUGCCAUUGGAGUCAAGCGUCAGUGGCCAUUGCAAUCUGCAACGUUCGAUAAUUUGGCGUUGCCUCUGACAGCACUCGAAUCCUUUGUUCAGAGUUGUCCCGAUCUCAUAGAGCUUCGAAUCAUCUGUGUCCAAGCCAUGACUGCAACCGAGGCUAUUCCUGGCCAUAUUGGGAACUUUAUAUUUCAUAAGGAAAGAAGGGACCAGUUUUUUCACCGACUGUCAUCAUCAACGCCACCGCCAGUACUGCAUUCAUCGUUGUCAGUAUUACAACCUUCUCUCUACUUGCCGAAGCUUAAAAGCCUCUAUGUAUCUAGAACUGCGACUUCAGCAUUCCAUCUUAUGGAAGAAGUCGUCCCGAUCCCACAAUUCCCAAAGGUCGAACAUUGGGGAUUUUCUACCAUGUGCAUGGCUUGGUUUUUCCGGGCUUCAGCCUGUAUAUUAUUGGAUCAGCACAUACAACAAUUCAAUCGCCUAACUACCCUUGAGAUCUCAGGGUGCCGGGACGUCUACAAUGACCUAGUCGGCAAUACGUUCGAAACUUGGUUGCAUCGAUUGUUAUGUUCAAGUCCCCAAUUGGAGCAUUUCAAGGCUCACAAGGUCAAUUUCCCAUUCCGAAUGCUUUAUGUGACUAAAGAGUUAAGAAUGAAGCCAUGGAGCAUGAGCCUAAUUUUCCCGCAUGAUGAGCAUUAUCAUUAUCAAGAACCUGAGAAAGUGUGGGCCUGCCAUAAACUUAAGACUUUGCAUAUAACAUUCGCAACCACGUACGAUUCUCUCAAGGGAUAUGAGGAGAUGGCACUUGUGGUUUUUGGAUACAUUAGUCGCGUCUGCCCUGAAUUAGAGGAUCUGUUGAUUGAUGAAGGUUUUUGUUUGAACCAGCAUCCAGAAUAUCUCUGCCUCUUGUCAAGGUUGAGACGAUUGAAGCGCUUGCAACUAACUGGUUUUGAACGUUCGACAGAGAUGCAGCUCGAUUGGAUCAAGCGCUAUUAUCAUUAUAUCCCACGGGAACAAAUCAGAUUCUACUGGGAACAUGAACCUAACCAACUACGACUUUCUACUUCUCCUCCCUCCUCCCCGAUAAGUACAAGGCCGUUGCAGAGACUUUGGAGGGUUAUACAGCUACUCAACUCAAUGUUUAGCAGCAAUGACAGUAUCAGUAUGUCAGAACAUAUAGUUUUUCGAGCCUUUGCCGUGGAGGAGGAGGAAAGGGCCAUGGAGAAGAAAAAGAAGAAUAAAGAAGAAGCAGAGGAAGAUGGGGAAGAUGGAGAAGAAAGUGAUGGAAAGGAGGUUAUUGAUGGUGUGGAUAUGACAUAUCUAGGUAAACUACAGGAUUUGGUCAACUACUUCCAGGAGCGCCGCUCAAAUAGAGAUGAGUAUUUGUGGCCAGAGUUAGAGACUAUCAGUUUCUGCCUUCGUAUGGAUUAUGGACAAGGCUACAGCAGUCGACAAACUAGCAACCUAUACAGCAUCAUUAAGAAGUAUAGGUCAGAAGUUAAAGUCAUAUUUACCUCAGCUAAAGCGCUCCAGAAGAAUUAUUUAUUAGAGGAAUAA